AUGGCUCUCUACUCGUCGGCACCGCCAGAACGGCCAUUUAGCGAUGCGAAACCUACCUUGCUUGUAGCCUGGUGGAUAACGCUCUUUUGUACAUGCUUGAUCUUGCUCCGCCUCUCAGGACGAUACAUUCGGGUGGAAAAGCUGUUCAUCGAGGACAAGAUUACAGCGUUGGCAUUGCUACCAUUGUACAUGCGGAUGGCAUGCACUCAUGUUGUCCUCUUAUACGGAACAAAUAACAUUGACCUCGCGGGUACCGAUCUCUUUUCCCAAGAGAUUGAGAGAAGAGUUAUUGGAAGCAAAGUCGUCCUCGCCGGAAGGAUACUUCAUGCUGCUACAUUAUGGACGCUUAAAUUCACCACGCUCGAGUUCCUUAACAGACUGGCUGGUGCCUCCUUGAAGAGGGUCUACAAGCUUCUCAUCAACAUCUUACGAUGCGUUCUUGUGGCUUCCUUUGUGGCCAUCAUAGUGAGCGACCUUGCGGAGUGCCAUCCGAUAUCUCACUAUUGGCAAGUCAUUCCGGACCCAGGACCACAGUGCCGUCAAGGCUUCGCGCAGCUCCUCACAAUGGGAGUCUGCAGCGCAGUCAUUGAUGUCACGCUCAUCAUUUUCCCGAUUCCAAUCAUCUUUUCUACUCGGAUUGCUACCAAACGAAAAGUCUUGCUCGCCAUACUGUUCUGCUUUGGGUUUCUGACCGUUGGCAUCACCAUUUACCGAAUCCCCAAGACCAUCAAGCAGCAUGGGGACCAGGUGGUUCGAUCCAUGUGGGCAUCCAUCGAGCUGCUUGCCGCAACAGCAGUGGCAAAUCUAGUAGCUUUGGGCUCGUUCCUGCGAGACAGCGGAGUGAGGAAGAUCAAAUUUCGCCCAGGCUACCACAGCAGUGGGACAAACUCCAAGCCCCAAGCCAAGGGGGCUUCGGGAAGUGAUAGGCGGCAAGCUGAGAACGAGCGCCGGGCCAAAUCGGCGAGCGAUGAAUGGGCAGACGAUAAACAGGCCGAUACCGCAUUCCAUUCUUCACCAAACAUUGAAGAUGGAGCACGUCACUCGCAAUCAGCUAGUGGAAGUGGAAUAAGUCCCACGCAGAGCCAUGACUCGCUCAUCCAGCCAGACCGGGGAUCUUCACAUGCUGCCCCGGUGCUGGGUCUUGAGACCCCUCGAUCUCCAGAGCGAGUGGUUCCUGCCGGAAUCACUAGCUUCCGGCGUAGAUAG